UUGAAAAUUAUGCCCGUUCAGAAACAAACCCGCGCUGGUCAACGGACACGAUUCAAGGCAUUCGUAGCUAUUGGUGACGGAAAAGAUCACAAUGGGUUGGGGGUGAAAUGUAGCAAAGAAGUUGCUACAGCUAUCCGUGGGGCGAUUAUCCUGGCGAAACUUUCGGUUAUCCCUGUAAAGUUAGGUUACUGGGGAAACAAGAUUGGUAAGCCCCACACGAUUCCUUGUAAAGUAACAGGAAAGUGCGGUUCAGUUACGGUGAGGUUGAUUCCUGCACCACGUGGUACUGGAAUAGUUUCGGCCCCCGUUCCCAAGAAAUUACUGCAAAUGGCAGGAAUUGAAGAUUGUUACACCUCAGCUAGAGGAAGCACGGGGACAUUGGGUAACUUUGCUAAAGCUACAUUUGCGGCAAUCGCGACCUGA